UUGAACCGGAUCCGGAAAAGUCUCGUCGAGCCCUACCGAAUUUAUCAAGAUUCCGGUGGAGGACGCGGGAGCUCGAUGACUUUCUUGUAGUCGAAAAUAUAACAAGGAUAUACGAGAGCUGCUGCUGAGACUGAGAGUCGAGAUAGGAAAUCGCCCUGACUUUUCACUUCUUAAGGGAAAAUAAAGAUGGGAAGCUAUUAUACUUGAAAAAAAACUAUACGCGUUUACCUUCUCAAGAGGUUUGGGGAUCCUUGGAGGAUCGACCUUUACACUUUUAUACCAGUUCGAACGUGUUCGCAAAGUAACGCCAAAAGGAACAAAAGGAUUGAAUCAAGAUGCCGCGGUGUUAUAUGGUGAAGAAAGCGCUAUGCAACAAGUAUAUAACUAGCGUUGCCAGAGGAUUUGAAAGCUGGGGACGAGGAAGGAACACACCGUCGCCAACAGCUACGACGCAGCCAUCCUUCUCGGCCGUAGAAGCCUGCGUUGCUGCACCUCCUCUUGCGCAAGACUGUCGGACGUCGCAGCAGAAAGAGACCACAGCUGAGGGGCAUGCGGUAUCGUCGGGAACCGAUGGCGUCGAGCUGCCACCAGAGGAUGUGACUGAUUCGUCAGGAUGCUCCUCGUCAAUUCAGCUAGACGUCAGGACGACAGGAGUGACAACCUGCACGUCGACUGUCACCAGCAAUACAAGCAGUGUCGUAGAGAUGCCUGGGGUAUCGCAAACGAUCAGCACAACGACGGCGUCGCUGUCGUCUUCAGAAGGGAUAAGGACGACAUCACCUAGAGGAUUGGUGUCGAAUAAGGAUGACAUUACGACAGGUUUCUCUGUGUCGGAAAAGGUGGAUAAGCCUGGUCAUGGAGAGGAUAAUCUUUCGACCGAGCUUACGUCAUGUUCCGGCGUCGAGGAAACCACUGAGACCAGGUCGACCUUAGUGGUUCAGGAAAUGGCAAUUUUUAAGGAAAGGUCCGCCGCGGAAACCGAAGCUGCACACGAUCUCCUAGAGCUUUCUAGAUCUUUACCCCCAUUACCACCACCGAGCGUGGCGGUGGGUCCACAGAAUGUCAUCGAAUCGCCAGCUACCGAUAUCCAGGAGAUGACGGUAUAUCAACCGGAACAACCGGUCUAUCAGGUGAACUCUAUCGACCUGGCUAGUGCCAUAUAUCAGCCACAGCCUACGAGCAUCAUGUACGAGGCUGCCGCAAUAGUUCAGCAAGCUUCUGGUGGUGUUUUUAUACCGUUGUCUCCGGUCCAGGAGAUAUUAUUCACCUACAGCACCCCGUCCAUUCCGUCGAUCAUAACUCAACCGCUGGAAGCGCCCCCACUGACGCCACCUGCGUCUGAAUGCAGCAGUGAUAUUGAGAAUAACAAUCCAAACUCUCAACCCAUGCGAGACAAGGAGGUGCAAACUAUUACGGAGCAAUCCGAAGUUAAAGCAGCUACCUAUACUUAUGAUACACUGCUAGUAGCUGAUGGACGCUCCAGGAACAAGAAGACCUCACCGCAGAAGCCCUCGGCGGAAGCCGAGACAGCAGAACCUCCAGAAGCACCAAGGGUGGGCCGAUACGUCUGCUGCGAGUGUGGCAAGCAAUACGCCACCUCCUCGAAUCUCUCACGGCACAAGCAGACUCACCGUAGCAUAGAUUCGCAAUCGGCCAAAAAGUGCAUCCACUGUGGUAAAGCGUACGUCAGCAUGCCUGCCUUGGCCAUGCACGUACUCACCCAUAAGCUCACUCACAGCUGCGGCGUUUGCGGUAAGAUGUUCUCCAGGCCCUGGCUACUCCAAGGUCAUCUGCGUAGCCACACAGGAGAGAAGCCUUACGGGUGCGCACACUGCGGCAAGGCCUUCGCCGACCGUUCGAAUCUUCGUGCCCACAUGCAGACUCAUUCGGCUGAUAAGAAUUACGAGUGUCCCAAGUGUCAUAAAUCCUUCGCACUCAAGUCUUACCUGAAUAAACAUCUGGAGUCUGCGUGUCAGAGAGAGAAUGGCGACGAGAGUAGCAAUGAUGUCGACACUCCGCCGUAAUCAGGAUUGCGGCUCGAAUGGUCGGGAGAAUUUAAUUCGUCUCGUCUUCAAUUCAUCGAUUGACCAUCGAGCAUAAAUUUACGAUACCGAAUGUAAAGGUUACGUGGCUAUUUCGAAAUUGUCUGAAUUUUUGGAGAAUUAUUAAUCUAUUGGUACUCUGAAUAUGAGAUAAAUUCAGAGUGAUUAACGUAACGGCACGUUCAGUAUUUUUGAAUCACGAUUCGCACUGGGUAAACACAAUAUUUUUUUAUUGUGCUUACCGACAAGUUAGAAAGGGACCUUUGUUUUCGAAUGAAUUGAAGGUGUAUUAAGGCGGGAAUUUUCGAAUGUCGGUUAUUAGAAAUUAUCGCCGAGCGUAUCUUAUGAAGGAAGGAUUGGAUACGUAUAUAUUAAUGAGGACCAGACAGAUGAAAUGUCCUUUAUCUUAUAUCUCCUGAUUGUUCAUUGAUCGUGAGUAGAUCAGACAUCGAAUUUAUUAACUUCACCAUGAUCGAUCACAAGAUAAUGGAGAUUAAUGAGAGAUAAGAUACAAAAUUCUUUUUUUUCAUACUUACUCUUGCCAGGAUCCAGGUUAGCAUUGUCAUACACUAUACAGCGGUUCGUCAUCGAUAUCCAUUUUAUUUCAUAAUUUUUAAUGCCACCACUUUUUAGAAGUCAUUGUUUUCCUGCAACACGAAAUCCGCGAUAAUAGUGUACUACGAAGCAAGGAUUACGUCAGACAGUUUAUUUUCUACGGUAUUUCUUUUGAAGUAGAGCUUUCCUUUCGUACGUCUUAUUUAAGUUCCUCCGUAAAGGACUUUCAUCAAGCUUUCACACGCACUGGACCACCUGUUGAAUGCAGGGGUGACCAUUCGAUAGCUAAGGGUUAGGCUGUCCUGUACCCCUGAAUUAUGGAACAUACCAUUCCUACUGCUAACUAGCCACACGUGCAACAAAUGUUCGGGCUCCUUUAUUCGACUGCUUAAAUCAAAUUUAAUGCGAGUUAGAAUCGAGGGCAAGAAAUUAAUAUAAAUAACAGUAAGCUUCUUAAGUUUGGUAUUAGUGCAUCUGAAUAUAAGUGCAAUCUAACAAACGGCAGGACAGAUAAAUGAAAAUCUGUUGAAAUUUACUUACGUUUCUAGUCCAUUAUUUGCGCUUAUAUUAUUUUACAAUUUACUUUAAUGUAUAGUCCUUUGCACGUUUCUCAAAGGACUAACGGUGCUUUAAUUUGCAUCUAGUCAACCGUACGCUUUAUUGAAUUUUAAUAUUUUAAAAGAAAAUACUAUAUUAAAUUAUAUAAUUUUAAGGUUAUGUCAUCCAAAAUUCACCAGAAAUUAUAAUUAGUGCAAAAGAUCAAACUUUUUAUAACGUUAAGUCGAUAUUAGUAAAUUUAUCUUCCGUUUCUUCUUUUUUUUUUUAACGUUCGUUCAGCGCCUAUUUUUAUAUGCAAGUAAUUCAUAUUAGAUAUUUUAUCGGAAUUAGAACAAUUCAAAUGGAUAAUAAUUUUACACGAGAAACUGGGUUACGUUACAUUUUCCUACACUCGGACUAUUUCGCAUAUCAUUACUUUGAACCGGCUGUAGCCAAUACGUUUUUAAUUUAUAUUUCUAUUAAUCCGACACUUGACCGAUUAAUCAGUUGUCCAUCGCAUUCUUCACGUUAAAAAAUAUUAGAGUAUCAUUGAAAUCGUUUCGACCCGAGAAAGCCUGCGACCGAUUUGAAAGAAAGGAUGAUUUUUAUAAAAAUAAUAAAAUAUCUCAUUCUCUUAUACAGUUUGGCCGUAUUGGGUAUGAAAAUAUUAACCUUGUCUGCUUUAUGCUAAUAGCAGUACUCGACAGUCAAUCGAAUAUAUUAAUAACUGGUAACAGUAGUCAAUAAAUAAAUAGAACGUUUCCCGACACUGAAGUAAAAAGUAUGAAUGGGUAUAAAAUGAAGAUAAAAAUGACAUUUGGAGUGAUGAAAAUUGAAUAUUUUCAAACAGGGAUACAGGAUGCAUAAAAUUCACGAGUCAUUUGUAGAAUUGAAUCCAAAUAAAAUUAUACUUUGAUUUUCAAUAUGCACUUGUAAUAAUUUUUAAUGAGUGAAUGGGUAAUAGUAUAAAAAUCUGAGAAUAUAGUAAACUAACGUGUCAGGAGGCUCUCUAUUGUGUAAAGGUGUAUUUAAAAAUGUCACACCGUGUCCAUUUGAAAUUAAUUGCAAUGAUCAUUUCGAAGGUUCGUCGAUACGUUUUAUCAGACAUUACCGUAUAUAAUAGGAGGGAUAAAUAUAAAGCAAGAAACUAUAAGUACGAGCUGCAGAACUGAUAUUCGUAAAUGCAGAUUAAUUAAUCUGCCAUAGUAUAUUAUAAAUGGACAUUAAAGUUGAUACUAUUUAGAUAUGCAAAUGGUUUGAGUCACACCCGAAUGAUCAUAUCAUUUUUAUUGGGCUAAUUGUGAAUCGUGGAAUUACUUGGUUCAUUAUUUUAAUAAUUUCUAAUUAACCUUGUCAGCAGAUCUGUGAUUACUUUAUCGCGUUAUGUUUUAACAUUUUGUCAAUUAAUCAUUGUCUUUUUUAACGAAUAGAAACGCCGUAGGAUUUUAAAUGAAGUCUUGAUAUUACUAUGUUCAGGAAAAUGAUCAUGACUCGUAUACGGGUGUGACUUUUCGGAAAAUUAAAAAAAAAAUAAGGAUAUAGGAUUUCGAUUAGUGUGAUACAAGGUACGACAAAGCAAUAAUUUAGUGAUUGUAUAAUAUUUGAUUAGUGAUUAUAGCGCUAAGUUACGGUACUUGCGGAACCUAUAAAUAUUUACUCGAUAAAUCAUAUAGUUUUGUAGAAGUGCAAGGAACGAUUUCCAUUUCAGAGAAACUGUCAUGGGAUCAAAAUGAUAAAAAAAUUUGGAAGUACUGACGCAUUCGUGUGAUUUAUACUUUUUUUCUCAUUGACUCAUUAGACAUCCAAUUUUGGAUACGUUAUUCAUAUUUAAUUGUAUUAGGUGCCAAAUUUGUAUAUCCCGUCAACUUUUACAAUUUUAAAUCAGUUUUUACCAUUGCCACUGAGGCAAUCAAUAACGAUUGUGAAAUCUGAAGAAAAAAAUUUUUUCUCAUCUACUGAUAAACCAUCACCAAUUUAUUAUAUUAAAAUAAAUAGAAUGGCCAUUCUGAACAAAAAAUAUGAUCUUAGCCGUUUAUCUCUCUAUCUAUUCAAACAGACGAAAAACGAAUAUCUCAAGAGUCGUUAAUCUAUUAAUCUAUAGAUGUAAUGAUGAUCGUACAUUUAUUCCUGAAAUAUAAAAAAGAUUCAUCUCUAUACACUCACAGAAAAACAUAAUUUCACUAUCAGAUCUUCAACGCCUAUAGACACUUUCGAACGGAGCUGAAAUAUUUUGAGUAGCUACUGGCAAAUAAAAGAGAAACGUUGCCUAGAACAUUACGGACCAUACACCUAAACACGCAAUACGUCGAGUUGUGAAAAGAAAAGGGAAAUAAUAAUAAUGCUAAUAAUAAUUAAUAAUAAAAAACGACGUAUACUCAAGUUUAUCUAUCUCCACUAAAUAGCAAUUCAUAUGAGAUCCAAGUUAAGGCAAAUUACGUUAGUACCAACGACGAAAUUGCAAAAGCCACUUAUGUACUUAUUUACAAUAUUUAAGGAUAGAGAAAGGUUUCAUUGCACCAAAUUUGUAAACUUUAUUAAUUAAAUUAUACGUU